AUUUUUAAUCUGUAUUUAAAUUCUGUUUUUUUUUACACAAUUGUGUAAAAUAAAUAUGAAAGACAUGAAUUCCACAAAGAAUAAUAUUUCGGAAUUAAUAAACUUAGCCAGAAAAUUCAAUUGCUUUUAUUUAUCAGGUUUGCAUCAAGGAAUAUGUAAGCCGUUUAUGGUUGCUGGACACCAGGUGGGACUUAUACGCCCGGAUGUUCUCAAGUAUUUGCAUAGAUUCCCGGAGGUGUUCAGGAUUACAGGAAAAUAUGUAGAACUUAACCCUGCAUUUAGAGAUUAUCAGGAAAGAACAUCAAAAGUAGCUGAAGUAUUAGGAAGCUUAAGAAAGGAAAAUGAAAUUUGUGCCCUUAAGGGUUGGCGUGAUGAGUGCUUCGAAGUCAGUACCCCAUUCCAUCAUGAGAGUCUGUUAGAGAUGGAUAGGAGUGCUGUAUGUCUUUUUGGAAUAAGAAAUUAUGGAAUUAGCGUAAACGGCUACCUGUUCCAUCCAUCAAAAGGCCUCUGUAUCUGGCUACAACAGAGGAGCUUUACUAAACAGACGUGGCCUGGUAAAUGGGAUUGCUUUGUUAGCGGAGGUCUGGCCGUCGGGUAUGGAAUACUCGAGACAACUAUAAAGGAGGUAGCCGAGGAAGCUUCUGUGGUGGGGGAGUUGGUUAAGAAACUUGUACCUGCUGGCUGUGUCAGCUUCUACUUUGAAAGUGAAAGAGGCCUGUUUCCAAAUACAGAAUAUGUAUACGACCUGGAGCUUCCAUUAGAUUUUUUGCCAAAGAACGCAGACGGGGAAGUUGAGACUUUCGAGCUGUUGACAGCCGAGGAGUGUGUGCAGAGGGCGCAGUCUCCUCAGUUCAAGACCACGAGUGCACCGGUUCUGUUGGACUUUCUCAUUAGAAGAGGAUACAUAAACCCUGAGAAUGAGCCGAAUUACCGACAUCUCGUGGAGUUGCUUCACGUCCCGCUGCAGACUAUAUACAAGUGCUCUCUCCCGGACUUCACCACUAACGGCGACCUACCCAAUCUACAGUGAAGCCGCUCCAGGCACUGAGGUUAUGUUCAAUUAGUUACAUUGUAUUACUAUUGUAUUGAUUUUUAAUUAAAUUAAAAUUUAUUGAUUAGAGUAAAAUUUUUAUCGGUAAUUGUGUAACUGUGCCUCGUCUUAGACGAUCUGAUUGGGCACCAUUAUAAUAUUAUUAUAAUUCGUAUUAUUUAUGGCCUAAUUUAUAAAAUCUUAAUUUCAGAUACGACUUAGGUAGACUUUAAGUAUUGCCUAAGUAUUGAGAUUGGUUUUAUUUUCUCGUGUAAGGUGUAUAUUGACCAAGUCCUUUGUAAUUGUGUAGUGUAAAGCUGAGCGCUGAUAUGGUACACCGCAACUGCUGGAAUGUUGAUAAAACUACUGUUUUGUAAUAUAAUUAAAGUUGUGUUUUUCGUGACCACUUCCUAUAAAUUGAUAAAUCAAUGUCACCUCUACACUAAAGUUGGUGACCUGUAUUGUUAUUAUGUAUCGAUAAAACAUCAAUACAGUGGCGUAACUAGAGAGUGUCAGGGUUUGCAACGCCACGCCAGUUCAAAAGUAUGUAUAUUACGGAAAACAGUACAGUGAUGUAACUAGAGUGAUAGCCCAGUGGAUAUGACCUCCGAUUCCGGAGGGUGUAGGUUCGAAAUUGAACCGAAUCCGGGGCAUGCACCAUUAACUUCCAACCGGGGCAGGACUGACAACGCCAUGCGUCAAGUUCAGAAGAACAGAGUAUUAAAAAGAAAAAAAUAACAAAAUUAUGGGGCCAAUCCACUGAUUUUAACACAGGCUUCAGAAAUUUUAGAUAUGGAUUACUCGACCACUCCAUGUUUCAUCGUGAGUGUUUUAAGCAUGACCAACACAACAAAUAAAUACAUAUGUAAUGGUAUAAAAUUAUUAAUUUUUGUAUUACAAAAUACGCAAAAAAGUUUGUUAAAUUAAAGAUAACAGAGAUUUCUACCAGAUUAUUAAAAUAUCUUAGCUCUGUUUUAUUAUACGGUUAGAAUUUUAUUUAAAAAAACUGUUAACGAAAUACACUGUUUAUUAAUUAAAUGUGUUUGAACAAUGUGAAUAAAAACGGUACUAAUCUAUGCAAAAUAAUUUUACUUGUAAACUGUACUUGUCAAAUGUCAUGUCAAGGUCAAUGUCGUACUUAUUCUUGAUAACGUACAUGUAAUAUAUUAAAUUAAUUAUAAUAAUACAUAUUAUUAUGGUUAUAAUAGUAACUAUUUAACAGUGGCGUAGUGUGUAUUCAUUAAUCUAGACGUGGGAGCAGUCGUAUCAGCAAAGGCACUUUUUGUAGUAUUUGUUCCCAAAUAUUUACCCAGGUUUUUCUAAUAUAUUUUUGGCAUGAUCUAAAAUUUAAUUCCCGAAAAUGUUAGAUCCUGUUUUUGAAAUAACGAAAAAUUAAAAAAAAAAUUCAAUUUUAUUUGAAGUUAGUGACAGUUUGCGCAAUUUUUGCGUAAUUAUCUCAUAGUAGCGGUCCUUAAAAGUAGGUUAAAAAAUCAAAUCCGCCUCGCAAGGAUCAUGGGUUAGAGUUUGCCUCCCUAGAAAAGCGGUCGAUCACUGGUAAACAGUAACUCAUGACUUUAUCUCCACAACUAAUGUGAUAAUUACUCAAUUUGAGAUAUCUGCACUUUAUAGAAUCUUGACUACGCCGUUGACAAGGUCCCUUUUAAUGCGAGACCGUGGGCGAGUGACCACUGCGCCCACGCCUAGCUACGCCACUGUUGGUUAGAAUAUGUACGUAUACAGUACGUUGCGGUGAAGUGUCUAUACGCGUGAGCUUGUAUUGGAAAUUAUUAUACGCCAUGAUAGUUUAGCUAGGGAUGUUUAAUUUCUGUGAUACUUUACCAGUUGGGUAUAAGGUAUUUGUAUGUUACUUUAGUUGGAUUGAUUACCUCUUUACUGCCUUUUGCGAAGCGUAUUUAUUGUGUUUUUUUUUUAAAUAAUCAAGAUUAUAAAAAUUGAUUACCGGUUAAUCAUUUCGAUAGUUUUUUUUUCAUAAUUCAUAAUCGUCAAAUCCGUGUCUAGUCAUAUUAUUAUACAAAACAUAAAAUCAUUACCCCAUCAUGUCUUGAUACAGUCAGGUAAACAGUGAAGGAUGAAAAACAGUUGAAAUAUAUUGCAUUUGGGCAAAACUGAACCAAGAACUGUAUUGACAUUACAAUUUAUGUAUAGCCAAACUAAUGUAAAACAUUUUCUUUAAAUCAUUAUUAAAUCAACUUAUAUGAAACGCCAAAAAUUAACCAAUCACACAAAAAUACUUACCCUUAUAAAUCAUCAUCAAUUGUCAUCACAUUCUUCAUUAUUCAUCAUCACAUUCUCCAUCAUCCGUCAUCACAUUCUCUAUCAUCUGUCAUAACAUUCCCUAUCAUCCAUCAUCACAUUCUCUAUCGUCUGUCAUAAAAAUCUCCAUCAUCCGUCAUCACAUUCUCUAUCGUCAGUCAACAUUCUCCAUCAUCCGUCAUCACAUUCUCUAUCAUCUGUCAUAACAUUCUCCAUCAUCCGUCAUCACAUUCUCUAUUAUCCGUCAUCAUAUCCUCCAUGAUCCGUCAUCACAUUCUCCAUGAAUUGUCAUCACCCCAGUUCACACUUAGGCGUUAAACUUCCAGUGAUACGUUUAAACACUUUCCAUUUUUAUCACUGAAUAAGAUUUACAUUCCCAAAUGAAAUGUGGUGGUUAUUUAAGAUCAAUCAUCUACGUUUUACAGUUUAACGCCAACUUAUAAAAACAUUUUGAAAAUUGUAACAAAUUAUUUUUAGUUAUGUUAGAUAUUUUCUUAUUAUUUGUUAUAGAGACGAUAAAAUAUUAUGUUUUGUUUAAUAGAUUUGUUUCGACCAGAGGCCAAACAUUUGAUUUUGGACUCGUGUGUUAAGUGUCCUUGGGCCCAUAAACAAAACAUUUAUUCAUGACCAUACUGCUCAAACGUGUACUUAUAGCGAGUCAGGCAAAGUUAUGAACGUAGCGAACUAUGUGGUUGGUGUACGUAUUCGGUGGGCCGUUAUCCUUCUAAGCUAUCUACCAGGCUCACAUGAUAAUAAAUAUACUCCCUGAAAAUUGUCCGACAAGGUUACUACUAGAUUUUGAAGUACUUUUCUUUAUAUACUCUGCAAAAAUCGGCUGAGUUUGUAAAUUAUUACAACUUUAAAAAAAAUUACAACGGCGUUGGUUUGAACGUUGGUUUGACACAAUAGUACGAGAUCCGGCUUAAGAGAUAUAUACCCUGAUCUGUUAUUUAUUUGGGAUGAGAAUUAGAGAAUAUUUACAUUGACACAUUGACAAAUAGGUUGCCUUGUGAAAUUGCGCCAGGGUAGUAUUAAAUGAUUUAAUUUAUUUAAUCUACUUCCUUCACUAGUUAAUUAAAAAAAACAACCUAGUUAAUAGAAUGUACCCACCAGAAUUUAAAACGUAAAGGUUUCACAUUGUAACUGUAGGUUGCCAGAUAUGAACGAUUGAGUAAUAUUAUUUAAAUACCCUCAUUAGUUAUUAAGUCAUCAUUCGUGUCAAACGAAAGUUCAUUUUAUGCUUAAUUUAACUGUAUUAAGUAAGUAUUAGAUCUAGUUCAUUUUAUAUGAAAAAUGUGUCUGGCCGCAAUUUAACUAGGCAACCUAUUUACAAUGUGUCACUGAAUGUUAUCUAUCAUUUAUUUCUCAUUACUAAUAAAUAACAGAUAAGGGCAUAUAUUUCUUAUGUCGGAUCUUAGACUACAAGUAUGGAGAUUCAAUGCGGGCUAUCUGCUAGACCACGGACCAGUACCGAUAUCGUUGGUUGGUGAUAUGAGCUGAUUUUUGCAGAGUAUGGUAAUAAGUAUUUUGUUCAUGGGCCCCAGAACUAUAAUCACGUCAACUCGCCUAAUACAAAGUUAUUAAUAUAGAUUUAGUGUGUCUAGUUACGUCAACAGUUUUAUACGUUUCUAUGGAAUAAUGUUAUUGGCGAUUAACUUUUUACUGAUAUUAUUGUACUGCAUAGAUAAUUUACUUGAGUAAUAAUAAUAAUAAUGUAAUCGUUUAUAUUUACUGAAUUUAGGGAAAUAGCGCUUUCCUAAACGAGCAGAAUGAAUAAAAUAAUAAAAUAAAUGAAAA